GCAGCCACAUUUCUUGCCAUGAUCACAAUGCAAUUAGCAUGACCAAUUCGACGGUGUCAUGCACGCGCGGGAGAAAAAGUAUAGCUGAAUAUUCAAGCUUUGAUCUCUUUACAAGUCAUUAGGAAGUGAAGCAAGUAUAUAAAGGUGGGUGAGUGGGGCUUAGAGUCUCUCGGGGUGGUUGUUGUGAGCGUAGCGUUUUAAUAGCAAUAAGAGUGAGAGAGAUGGGUAGGCAACCUUGUUGUGACAAACUUGGUGUAAAGAAGGGGCCUUGGACAGCCGAGGAGGACCAAAAACUGAUCAAUUUUAUCCUCACACAUGGCCAAUGUUGCUGGCGUGCGGUGCCGAAGCUGGCCGGACUCCGCCGUUGUGGCAAGAGCUGUCGACUCCGCUGGACUAAUUACCUACGGCCGGACUUGAAGCGAGGCCUCCUGACCGAUGAUGAAGAACAACUUGUUAUUGAUCUCCAUGCCAAUCUUGGCAAUAGGUGGUCCAAAAUUGCAUCAAGAUUGCCAGGAAGAACCGAUAAUGAGAUCAAGAAUCAUUGGAACACCCACAUCAAGAAAAAGUUGAUCAAGAUGGGGAUUGAUCCUGUUACUCAUGAACCUCUGCACAAAGAGGAAGAAACCUCAUCAAAAGAACAAAUAAACAACAAUCAAUCCAAUUUUGGUGGUGAUCAGCAGCAGCAAUUAUCACUCAAAGAUUGUGACCAUGUCUCCUCCUCCUCCGCCGAUAACAAUUCAAGCUCCUCCACCGACGAAUCGCCGUCGUUAGACCCUAACUGCAGUGAGGAUGACUUGCUAAUGAGUUACAUAUUAUCUGAUGCAUUUUUGGACAAUUCAUCAUGGAACUUCAUGGCAACAACCAAAGAUGAUGACCAGGAGUUUGGACUUUGUAAUUGGUCUGAUGAGAGCUCAUCUUCCUGGUUAUUAGACUACCAAGAUUUGAAAGAUGAGGACUUGGGAACUGCUUAUCUAAAUGAUAUGAGCAUGAGUAUUGCUCCACCAGAAAUGAAUGGCAAUAAGCACUAAUUUAUUUGCACUCUAGUACGUAGUAACCAACAGGGUUUGAUAUAAGUACUGGACAGUCAAAUGUAAUUGGGUUUCAAUCCCAGUCUUUAAUUAAAAUUCAUUUCACUCCUUUCUAUAU